AAUAAAAGAAAUUUUACAUGCAAUUGGUAACAUUUCAAUGUUAUUAUUAUUCAUAACAAUUUUAAUAAAACUCUUCCAUUAGAAACAUGCAUCGAAUGAUUUUUUCAUAUAUGGAUGGAUGCAUUUUGCAAAACGAAAGUAUACUGUUACAAUUCAUUGAACGCAGCUCUACAACAAGAAAAGCCCAAAGCGCAUGUCAAACAAAUUAGAUCCCUUAGCGUGCCUUAGCGGAUCUCACAUGGUUAUCGUGAGUUUUGUAAGUGCCUUCCAGUUUUAAUUAAUAAAAAGGAAAAAUGAGCCUCUCCGAAAUGCGCAAUAUCAACCAAAGGAUCCAAUUGUCAACGACACAAAAGAAAUCACACGUAAUGCUUCGUAAAGGAUCGGCCAUUAACAGUAACAUUUAUCAAAAAUUUUCAAGAACUCAACAUUAUCGGAUUAACGGCUACAAAUUCCAAAAUAAAGAAGGAGAUGUAAGGAGGAAUAAACAAUCGCCAUUUACUUUUCCUUCUUGCUCUCAAACCUUGGCCUAUCUUCAGUGGUGGAAAUUGCAGAAGAAAAAAGCCAUAUCCGAAUACGGGAAAAGUAUCUACAAGGAUCAACAUAAAGUUACACGAUCCCAUGUUGUUUUACAAAAAUUACAUGUAAAUGUUGAAAUAAAAACAGAAGAAAGAAAAAAACAUAAAGAUCCAGAUAAAGUAACUGCCAUGACGGACAUAGAUCCACAUUAUUUUACAGAAUUAUCCGGUAGACCAGUAGAAGAGAAAUUUUCAUUGGAGCAAUAUGUCCGAGAUAUUCGAGAGAUAUUGAAAAUAAAACUUCUCGUUGGCCAAGAAAGGGACGAUCAUAUUCGCAUUGAUCAACAAUUUGAGCAAGAAACACAUCGAUUACAGCAAAUCCAGGUUCAUUGCCAGAGAUAUAUAAAUGGCUUUGAUGAAUUUCUAUCAAAAACUCAUGAAAAAAGUAUGCUUAUGCUGGAAAAAGCAGAAUGGGAAAACAAAUUAACUGAAGAAAUUAACGCACAAAAGAAUGAGCUCGCGAAACAAUUUGGUCAAAGCAGAUUAGAUGUUUAUGUCUGGGAGGAAAACUGGAGACUGGUAAAAAUGUGCCAAAUGUUCCUUUAUCGAAUAUCACCUGUUGCUUGGAAGGUCAAGUACGACUGGCCCCAACGGUCCGAGUCACCAAGGAGUACCAUUCUUGUCGACACUCCAUCGACAGAUUUAUUUAGUAGAUAUAGAACAUUAAAUGAGAGCACAUCCUUGGAAAACUUAAUAGAACUAUUCGAGCAGGACGUCGUUGAUACCGACCCGAGCGAGCUAUACUUUGAGGAUCCAUUCGACAUGAUCCGCAUUUUCCGAACGAUGGAGACUCAGAAUUUAAAUGCACUCAUACAUCUCGAGUCGCUCGCUGCACCGAUGGCAGAUAUGACUAUGACUAUCACUAUAGCCGAAGCGCAGAUCAAACGAGAGAUCAGUGAGAUCAUUUCAACGAUCAACGAUUUGGAAAAUUCCAUUACCAAGGCAGAAAAUAGAGCAGCAAAUCUCGAGGAAUAUGCUAAUUACCUUCUCCGAGAUGUUUUCCGACGUCUAGUCUGCUCUGAAGAGGUACUCUAUCUUUGCGUUUUUGUAGAAGAUACCUACGAGAGUUGUAUAGGUCCAAAUGACGCAAAUCUCGAUAGCUUUUUAAUGAUGAAAUGGAUUGAGAAAAUCCACGAGGAACUUAAUCUCCAGCUAGAUAAUAUGCCAUGCAAAAUUGUCCGUACUUGUGAGCGAGAAGGAUUUCGGCAGGAGAUAAAAGAUAUAAAAGAUGCAGAAGAUGCCGCUAGGAAGUUCGAAUUAAUGCAUCGACUAUUGGACACGCUAAAGCGCAUUAUGGAACCUCCUACGAAGAAGAAGCGGCCACUAAUUCGGCGUUCAGUGCCUAUUACGACCAAAACACGGUUACCAUUGCGUUUACCAAAACCAACAGACGAGGAAGUUCAAUAUCUCACUUUCUUCACUGAUUACUGUAAACAAGAUGAUUUCGUCACAUAUCGUUUCAAAUUUCCGCAUGAUUUUGAUUUGACAUUCCAACGCAAGCACAAUAUCGGAAUCGAAACGGCAAUAUUUAAUGACGUAUCUUCAAGUAGAGAACAAAUGACGAAAAAAGAGGAAGCGGACGAAGAAGGGAAAUGAAUGUCAUUAUUAAAUCAUUAUUGAAAACAUAACGGAAUCAGCAUAUUUAUUUGAAAAUUCCUCGUGCGUAUAUAUCCGAAAGGAUCGUAUCAGUCUAACGCGCUACGCAUCAAUUACUCAGUGAGCGCUAUUAAUAUAGUAAUAUGUAUACAUAAAUAGACGAUUUAACAAUCGAAUAAAGCACGAGAUAAAAUAUUCAAACAUAGUAAACACAACAAGGGGCAAGUAUAGCGUAGAAUAGAAUUUGAAACGUCAGUCGAUAUAAAAACAACAAUCAUGCUUGACAGUGAUCUCUUGGCUACAAAGCACCAGUCGCUUCGUUAUAAAUCUUAUAAGAAAACUGCGAUAUACUCCAUCUUCGAGUACUUUUUUUUCUUUACACGAGCAACUUCUUUUAUAAAAUGUUCUACUAAAGAUAUACAUAUACAUGUACAUGUACAAGUAAAAAGAUUGAGAAAGAACCAAAGACUUAUUCAUUUGCUAUAAUGCUCUGAUUUGAUAAAAUCACUGAUGUCUUUACUAGAAGUUAUACAUGUAUAUACAUACAUAUUUCUUAAUCGUUUUUGUACUUGUAUAUUGAAUAUAACGUAAUAUUGAAAUGUGUUGUGUUAUUGAUAUAAUAAAUUAUAUAAUUUAGUAUGUACUUUAAUUUAUUGUUAUUUAAUUAAUUAUUAUAAGAGUCCGAGAACUAUUGAUAUAUAUGAUUAAAUAAUCAUCAAUAAAUAUUAGGACAAUAGAAAGAGUUUUUUGUAGACACAUAUAGCAACAUUUUGAUAAAUAACAUAAUCUUUUUAAUAACAAAUACACUCUGCUUGCACCAUACGUAACAGAAGAGAUAUGCUGUUUUGACCACAAAGUCACAGAAAUAUGAUACAUUUUUUGUACGUCGCCAUGACAUAACAUACAAUAAAAUCGCUUACCCACAUGAUAUACCGGUAAUGCUUACCCAACGCCAGUAGAUGAAAACGACGGUAAAUAAAAAAACCAUACGUUAGAAUAAAAGGCGCAGCAUUGUAAGUAGGACUCCAAACAAUCUUGUAUACAAAUCUUGAAACAAUAUCUAAUUAUAAUUUGAGUAGUGAAGCGUUUUUGUCAUAUAUAAUA